GUUUCGUAAACCAUCAGAUCGAAGCAGACAUACGAACAAACUUGCCACUGUUGAUCCUUCACCGAACAGCUUGCUUCAACUACUCUCUCUCUCUCUCUCUCUCUCUUUAUAGAGAGAUACACAUCAGUUUCUCACUGUAAACUACUACAAUGGCAACGCCAAUUUGGUUUCUUGUUCUGUCCAUUCUCUUCAUUUCGGCUUCUGCCACUGCGAAUGUCCAAAACAAAGUUACAGAUAAUCCUGCUGAUCAGUUAGUAGCAUUGAUUAACAGUAACAGAACCGCGAGUAAAUCAUCGUCUUUGUACAGCAAUCAAGGCCUUGCAUGCAUUGCUCUCCAAUACAUAAAAGCAUACCAAGGCGACUGUAGUGUGGUGGGCGGGGUAGAUGCCAAAAAACCAAACGAGUCUCAGUUUACCGAAACUUUUGCACCCACUUGUGGUGUAGAGGCCUCGACCCUAACUCCAAUCACCGGCCGACUACUGGGAUGCCAGUCAAAAUACGCCAAGCCAUCAGAAGCAUUUUCCGAAAUUCUGAUGAAGAAUGAUAAGAGCUUGGAAAUAGUCCAUAACAAGAAUCACACAGAAGUGGGUGCUGCCGUGAGUGGCUCUGAUGGUGGUGGUCCCUAUUUCUGGUGUGUGCUGUUCAGCAAUGGCAAAUCCAACCAUAGUUUUGUCCCUGAAGAAGGUGUAGCUAAGAUAAGUCGACCCGGAUGCUUCAGCGGUGCCAAUGAUCAGUGCAGUGGUGCUCCUGCUUUAUCCCAAACCCCUCGUCUUCUGCCAAUUGCAGUAGGAGCUUUAAUUGCAUUGGUAUGUGCCUUCGGAAUUUGAUAUGCUAUAAAUUGUUUUUGACUUGAUUUGUAAGGCAACUUCUUAGUUAUGGUGUAUUCUCUGUAUUUGUUUGUUCAUUCAAUUGAUCUCGAGUUUAAAUGUGUGAUUCUUGAAUAUAUAUAAUUGCAUCAUUUAAUGUUUCAAAA